CUCCCCCGACCUGGCCAUUAUUUAUCCCCUCCUCCUCUCGCCACCAACGGCCUCCGUCUCCUCCUCCGCCGCCGCCGGAUUCGCUCCCGCUACCGGCCGGCACUACCCAUUCCCGCACCACCACCGCGGCCGGCCGGCCGCCGCCAUCCAUCUCUCCCUUCCCACGAACCUGGUCAAACAUCACUAACGCCUCUCCCCAGCAGCAGGUCCACGCAUCGGCCGCCCCGCGCGCCAUCCACCUUUGACUCCCCAGGUCCAGAUCUAGGCCCCCGAUCCGAGGAGCGAUGAACGGAGGCAUCGCCCCACCGUCGGCGGCCGCGGCGCCGGCGCCGACGCCGAGCCACCGGCGGCUGCCGGACUUCCUCCAGAGCGUGAACCUCAAGUACGUGAAGCUGGGCUACCACUACCUCAUCACCCACCUCAUCACGCUGCUGCUGCUCCCGCUCAUGGCCGUCAUCAUCCUCGAGGCCGGCCGCACCGACCCCGACGACCUGCGCCAGCUCUGGCUGCACCUCCAGUACAACCUCGUCUCCGUGCUGCUCCUCUCCGCCGUCCUCGUCUUCGGCGCCACCGUGUACGCGCUCACCCGCCCGCGCCCCGUCUACCUCGUCGACUUCGCCUGCUACAAGGCGCCCGACCACCUCAAGGUCGGCUUCGCCGAGUUCCUCCGCCACUCGGCGCUCUGCGGCUUCUCCGACGACGCGCUCGACUUCCAGCGCAAGAUCCUCGAGCGCUCCGGCCUCAGCGAGGAGACCUACUGCCCGGAAGGGAUGCACGCCAUCCCGCCCGAGCCCACCAUGGCCAACGCGCGCGCCGAGGCCGAGUCCGUCAUGUUCGGCGCCCUCGACAACCUCUUCGCCGCCACCGGCGUCAAGCCCAAGGACGUCGGCAUCCUCGUCGUCAACUGCAGCCUCUUCAACCCGACGCCCUCGCUCUCCGCCAUGAUCGUCAACAGGUACAAGCUCCGGGGCAACGUGCGCAGCUUCAACCUCGGCGGGAUGGGCUGCAGCGCUGGCGUCAUCGCCAUCGACCUGGCCCGGGACAUGCUGCAGGUGCACCGCAACACCUACGCCGUGGUGGUGAGCACGGAGAACAUCACGCAGAACUGGUACUUCGGGAACCGCAAGUCGAUGCUCAUCCCCAACUGCCUGUUCCGCGUCGGCUGCUCGGCGGUGCUGCUCUCCAACCGCGGCGCCGACCGCCGCCGCUCCAAGUACAGCCUGCAGCACGUGGUGCGCACGCACAAGGGCGCCGACGACAAGGCCUUCAACUGCGUGUACCAGGAGCAGGACGACGAGGGCAAGACGGGCGUGUCCCUCUCCAAGGACCUCAUGGCCAUCGCCGGCGGCGCGCUCAAGACCAACAUCACCACGCUCGGCCCGCUCGUGCUCCCCUUCAGCGAGCAGCUGCUCUUCUUCGCCACUCUGGUCUCCAAGAAGCUGUUCAACGCCAAGGUGAAGCCCUACAUCCCGGACUUCAAGCUCGCGUUCGAGCACUUCUGCAUCCACGCCGGCGGCCGCGCCGUGAUCGACGAGCUGGAGAAGAACCUGCAGCUGCAGCCGGUGCACGUGGAGGCGUCCCGGAUGACGCUGCACCGGUUCGGCAACACCUCCAGCAGCUCCAUCUGGUACGAGCUCGCAUACAUGGAGGCCAAGGGCCGCGUCCGCCGCGGCGACCGCAUCUGGCAGAUCGCCUUCGGCAGCGGGUUCAAGUGCAACAGCGCCGUCUGGCACGCCCUGCGCAACGUCAAGCCGUCGCCCAACACCCCAUGGGACGACUGCAUCCACCGCUACCCGGUGGAGCUCGUCGACGGCUUCCCCGCCCACAGGCAGCAGCCGCAGCAAUAGCAUCCACAUCCAUCUCCAUUACCGGAGCUCCAGAUACAGAAAUUCAGCAUGGAUCGAUUCAAAUCCAUAUAUGGUUGGUUACCAGUGACAUAAUUAGUGUACUGCAGGAAUCUCCAGGCUUGCUGCGAGCCUGCUCUGAUCUGAUCUGUAUGCAACACUCCGUACUCGUCUUCA